CAUCUGCUUCGUAAUAAUAAACCCAAUCUCAGUUACCAAUACUGGAUAAUAAUACUGGAUAGUGCUAAAUAAUGUCCCUUUUUUAGGGCGUAAUAGUUAUUAUAGUUUUGUUCAUUUUACGGGACAUAUCGUUAGUGGCUUAGAUCUAAAUUACUGUGCAGUUAUCCGUUCGUAAAGUGAAAUAAAACCUCAGUUAACAGUUAAUGUCGGGACAGUGUCCCUUAAACGAAUUGUAUACUAACUGUUCCCAUCACGAAAAUCUUAACUGAUACCCCUAACACAUGUUAUGCAUCAUUCUUGGAGUCCUUCAUAUCAUCAUAAUUUCUUUUAUCGUGAUUUACAGAAGUUGAUCGGACCAAUCCCACUCCAAGAAAAAAGCAAACUUUGAGAUUGAGAUCAACUCGAAGACAAUCGUAAUUCGCCAAGGACAAGAGGAAACGGUAGUCGAACGGAAAUCGAGCGACGAGAGGACAGUUAUCCGGUUAAAAAAAUAGUCCAGUAUCCUUCGCACUAAAAACACCCACCGUGGAAUGGAAGAUUAAUUACGAUGUCUUAUGGAAGAACAACAAUCUCUCGUUAACAAAACUUUUAAUACCCUUCAAGAGCAGACUAAAACGACCAAUUAGUCCUUGUAGUCGCAAGUUGUAUUAUCAUAUAUUGUUCCGUUAUAAUUUUGUCCGUCCUUGGAGCUGCACUCUGGAUACAUUUGAAGUGGGACGAUCCGGUGAAGGAAAAAAAGAACGACAACAACGGCACCACUAAUAAACUCAAGACAAAACAAAAACAGGAGUAAUUUAAUUUACAAGAGUAAACAGUUUAAAAAUUAGUUCAGUUUGCAAAAGUUCGUAAAUUAUAAAGUAAGCAAGUAAAAAUGGCGACCCGAAAGAAAGUUCUCCUCAAAGUUAUCAUCCUUGGAGAUUCUGGCGUCGGGAAAACGUCCCUCAUGAAUCAGUACGUCAAUAAAAAGUUCACAAAUCAGUACAAGGCAACGAUUGGAGCUGAUUUUCUCACUAAAGAGGUCAUGGUCGAUGAUAGGCUGGUCACCAUGCAGAUUUGGGAUACUGCUGGUCAAGAACGAUUCCAAUCUUUAGGUGUGGCCUUUUAUCGUGGAGCUGAUUGUUGCGUGUUGGUUCAUGAUGUUACUGCCCCCACUUCCUUCAAAUCACUGGACUCAUGGAGGGACGAAUUCCUCAUCCAAGCCUCACCCAGAGACCCGGAUAAUUUUCCUUUCGUCCUUCUCGGAAAUAAAGUGGACCUCGAGAAUCGUGCUGUUCCUCAAAAGCGUGCAAUGCAAUGGGCCGCCUCCAAAAACAAUAUGCCAUAUUUUGAAACGAGUGCUAAGGAGGGGAUCAAUGUUGAACAGGCAUUUCAAACUAUAGCAAAGAAUGCUUUGGCGCAGGAAACAGAGGUCGAUAUUUAUAACGAGUUCCCAGAUCACAUCACCAUCAAUCCAGAUUCGAGAAAUGUUCGCAAUGAUAAUUGCUCUUGUUGAGCAUAGAUAAGCUUAUUAAACCCAAAAAAAUUACUUACUGGCCGGGUAUACAUAUAUUAAUUAAUUAAUUAUCGUGUAGGUUAAAAUUGUUUGUUUGUGACACGACCAAUAAGACUUGUAGCGAAUUGAAUGAAUACCGUGGUAGAAAUCUUGUGUCUGUCGUAGCUUAUAAUUUAGUCUUUUUGGGUCAGUUCCUUAUUUGUCAUAUUCUUUUGUAAUCGCGUAAAAAUCGGACAAGAUGUCGAAUCGAAUAAUUAUUCUACGACUUGCUUCAAUACUUAUUAGAUAUUGCAAUACUGUGUACACUUAUAAUUUUUCAUGAACUUAAUUUGUACCAUUAUAAGCCUGUGUUAUUCUAUGUAUAUGUAUGCAUGCAGCUAUUAUGUUCCGUUCGUGUGAUUGUUACUCGUUUUAAGAGAUAAUUGUGUAUCGAAUAAAUUCAGAACGAGAGGAAUUCGACUAAAA